AUCCCUUUAACAUCGCACGUAGUCCAAAACCACUCCUCCCAUAUAUCUCACCACGGAACCCCAAAAGUCCACCAAGCCACACAUCCCACCUCACCCCAACCACUCCCCAAAAUGACCACCCACCCCCUGGCCUACCGCACCGCCCAAGCCAUCGGCUUCACCGGCGCCGCCUGGCUAUCCGGAAACAUCGCCUCCCAAAGCCUCAUCACCAUUCCCGCCCUCCUAGCCAUUGACCCCGACCCCGACCCAACCCCUUACCUCACAGACCACCCAAACCACAUUACAGCACCACCCACAGACCAUCCAAACCACAAUACAGCAACACCCACAACCCUCCGAAUCUGGAAACGAAUCUCCACCGCCAGCAGCACCCAGACCCCGCCGGUCGCCGCGGGCACCGCCGCCGCGUUCGUCUACCUCGCCUGGACGGUUGCGCGCGCCGUCGAGCCGCCGCUGCUGCAGCAGGUUCUGAGUAGCAGUAGGAGCAUCGGUGGCUAUGUCGGUCCCGGUUGGUGGUAUGCGGCGGCGGCGGUGUUGACGGUGGGGGUUGUGCCGUUCACGGCGGUGGUGAUGCGCGGGACGGAUUGUGAGCUUGUGCGGUUGGUGGAGGGGGAGCGGGAGCGGGAGAAGGGGGCGGGGGCGGAGGCGGAGGCGGAGGCAGAGGCGGCGGCGGAAAGGACGAGCGGGUUGCUGAAGCGGUGGGCGGUGUUGAACGCGGUGCGGAGUCUGUUGCCGCUGGUUGGCGGGUUGUGCGGUUUUGCGGCGGCGGUGAUUUGAUUUUACUUGCCAAGUACAGUACUCGGUGGUGUGGAUGGCGUUGGUGUUGGGAGGAUAUUUUCGUCGUGGUUCAUGGAUCUCUAGGCAGGCAUGUUCGAUUGUGGACGGAUA